AUGACGGAGAGUCCGGGCCCGAACCUGGGCCAGGACAUCGAACUCGGCCGGCUGACCACCGAAAGGUGCCUCCAGCAGAACAUGUGCGUGCGAGACGAUCUGCCCGGUCAAGCCUUGUUAGAUGUAGUUUUCGCAAGACUGAACCUGAUAGAGACUGCCUACUUCGGGAUACGUUACAUAGAUCAGGAUAAUCAGACGCACUGGUUGGAUCCCGCCUCCCGGCUGUCCCGCCAGCUGAAAGGCAACAAGGUGCCCUACGACCUGUACUUUGGGGUGAAGUUUUACGCCUGCGACCCGUGCAAGCUGGUGGAGGAGAUUACGAGGUACCAACUCUAUCUGCAGGUCAAACAGGACAUCCUUCAGGGCCGGCUACCGGUGUCCUUUGAGCUGGCUGCCGAGCUCGGUGCUUACGUCGUGCAAGCCGAACUUGGUGACUAUGACCCCCGCAAGCACCCGCUCGGGUAUGUGUCCGAGUUUCGGUUGCUCAACAACCAGACGAAGGAAAUCGAGAGCCGGAUCCACGAGCUGCACAUGCAGCUCAAGGGGAUGGCCCCGUCGCAGGCCGAGUUCAACUACCUCGACAAGGUCAAGUGGCACGACAUGUACGGGGUGGACCUGCAUCCGGUGCUGGGUGAAGACAGCGUCGAGUACUACCUGGGGCUCACCCCGGGUGGCAUCGUAGUUCUGCGCAACAAGACUACGGUGGCGCACUACUACUGGCCCCGGAUCGCCAAGGUUUACUUCAAGGGACGGUACUUUAUGCUACGGGUCUGUGAUAAAAAUAACGAAAUAAGCACGUACGGCUUCGAGACACCAAAGAAGACCGCCUGCAAGCACCUGUGGAAGUGCUGCGUGGAGCAUCACUCCUUCUUCCGGUUGGUCCGGACGGCACCGAUGCAGGCCACAGCUGGCGCCGCCAGCUUAACCUCGCUCAGCUCCAAAUUCAGGUACAGCGGUCGUACGGAGCGCCAGCAGGUCAAGGACGUAAUGUCCCUGCAGCGCGCGCCACCGGCCUUCACACGGACCCCCUCGCGGAGGCAACCCCGCCGUAUUCUGGACGAGCACCCGCCCGAGGAGAAGAUCUUCGACGCUCCCAAAUACAUCCAGCAGGAAAUCAAAUCCGUAUCGAUACCUCAACCAGCCCAAACGUUUGACAGUCCUUACCGUUCUACUUGCAGCAUCCCAGCUGCGUUGAACACUAGUAGCAAAGCGCACCCACCUCCUCCGGACUCUCCGCGAAGCACCCGGAGCGCCCCCUGGAUGCGAUCCCAGCAGCGCGGUCUGUUCGGGAUCAACUCCAGCCCCAAGUCGGUACGAUCGGCGUCGACGCGGAUGAGCGCUCCGGCGAACCCGAACCGAAUGCGGUCCAGCUCGGUGGAGAGCCACUCGUCGAACGAGUCACGGUCGGGUCGUCGACGGCGGCACCGAAGCCGUCGCGUGUCGGAUAACGAGAGUGAGAUGUCGAGGGGUUCGGGACGGUCAGGUCGAUCGCAUAACUCGCACCGGAAGCAUAGAAGGCAUCGCUCGAAGAAUAGGAGGAAUCGGUCGGAUACGGAAAGUCGGGAUCGUAGCUACUCGAGCCAUCACAGGUCUACGGAGUCUAUCGAGCUGGUUGAUUCGGGCGAGCAGUGGCUGGAAGUGCAGCGCAAACAGGCGGAUAAUGUGCAGAAGGCUGCGGUGAUCAAGAGCAGUCAGGUGCUGAAGGGAUCGACGCCAGACUCGGGGAUCGUGGCGCAUCACCAUCGGAGUAGACGGCACCGAAAGCAUCGCUCUCCGUCGGAGAAGAUUUGGUCCAGCGAGCUGACGAAGCACCUGCAGUUCGAUCUGGUCGACACGACCGGCAUGUCCGAGGAUCAGCUGCGGGAGAUUCCGUACACGGUGGUCGAAACGAGCCAUCACCAUGCGUCCAAAAAGCCUAGCGCCCUCAAGGUACACAAGACUAGUCACAAUGUGCCUCCGAUACAGCGGAUCGAUCGGAUACGGGAGUUUUCGAAGGAGAAUGUGGUGGACAACAUGAGCGGGGUAAACGGGUCAAUCCGGUCGGCGAGCACGAUCAGUUCUUCGCGGGAUUACGACCGAAACUCGGGUUUGAUCAGAAUGAUGUCCAGCAUGAGCAUGGGCGACUUUAUAUCGCCAACCGGAUCCAGCUUGAGCCCGCUGGACAGUACGGGACUUCGCGUGAGCCACGAGCACACCGAUUCCGGACUGGGAGCCGAUCAAGACUACGCGUACUCAUCGGAGAGAUCCAGUGACAGCGCCAAGUACGGGACGAACAAAUCGUCCGGAGCAUCCGUUACCUCAGCCCAUACCAAAUCUUCCUCGUCGAACAACAUGAAAUCUCAUCACCACUCAGUGAGUAGUAGUAAUACGACGAACCCCCAAACAACGCGGAAGCCGCCGCUCUGUCCCCAGAGCAGCGGCCGGGUAGGGCAGGUGGGAAAGCCUCCCCAGGGUGUCAUCCCGGGUGUACAUAGCAGUAGUUCCAGCGGUCCCAACAACCGCCUGAUCAAUCCAACUAACACACACUUCCAGAACAAUCACUACACGUUUAGCCUAACGCGCAACUACUCGGCCUCCGGUCACCACCAGGGAAGUCGGGGGUCGUCCGCCGCCUUCGGGUCUAGCACUGGUUAUGGGUUGAACUCGUACGGUUAUCUCGAUUCUGUCGCGACUCUUUCGUCAGCCUCACCCUAUCACUACUACUACGACGGAAGUGGCUUCCGGAGCACGGCCAACCAGCCACCGCCAGUCGCCGGUAGUGGCGGUCUGGACAGCUCCCGCCUAGGCUCCAUCCGUGGAACCAAGUCCGAUAUCGGAGUCCCCAUCCGACCCAAACGGCACCAUCAUCACCACCAGCAACAGCCUCACCCUCAACAACAGUACAUCACGAACGUUCAUAACUUUAACCGACUCGGUGGUGGUGGCGGUAGCAAACGAACCCUCGGUCCGAUCACCAAGACGGACUAUUUGGAAAAUUACAAGACUGGCGUCGAAAGACUCAAACAAACUAACAAGAUCAACAACAACAACAACAGCCCACCGAAAGAUUUCCCCGGUCUGUUGAGCACUUCGACAUCCGUUCAAAAUAUUGUCAACAACAACUAUCAGCCCCCGCUGCCGAAUCUUGGAAGCCCCAGUGGCGAGGGCAAGGCAAAGGUGGGCCCGCUGGUUUAUCUGGACCAGAACCGAAACGGCAGCCCACUGGACGAGGGCGGACGAAACUUGUAUCAGAGCGUCAGCGUAAGUUCUUCACUGAGAUUCUUGUGCCUGUGUAUGCCAACUCAACCCCGUCCGUUCGUCCCCAAAGUAGUGGAAUGCGUUUCGUUUUAUCCCCUUCCUCCCCCUUCCAAUUUAUGUUGUUUGUUGAAGAUGAAUUGUUGUUAUCCUUGCAUGAUUUGUGUAUGAGUCCUUGCAUUGUUU